AUGGCAGCCCGCUUCAUUGUAAUCUUCAGCGCCAUAUUGGUCCUGGCCCAAGGAUCAAAUCUUUUGCCCAUCGAGCAGGAAGCCGAGGUGCCAAUCCACUCUGGUGCUCCUGUCGCAAUCAUUUCGCAAGGUCAUCCAUCUGUGUCCCAGUCCGUUGGUUCUGCCUACGGUCAUGGCCAACUUCAAGGGUCGGCUGGUGCACAACCCUAUGUGACAGCACCUCGUCCUGCUGUGUCCUACGCUCGUCCUGCUGUGUCCUACGCUCGUCCUGCAGCCGUGGUGGUUCCUGCUGUGGUGGUUGCUCCCGCGGCUCCCAUUCGCCAGCCUCAUGGAGUCCCUGCCCCAGUUGUUGUGGGUGCUGGUCACGGAAAUGGCUACUAUGGUCGCCAUCAUGGCUAA